AAUAAAACUUCCUGGAACUACAACAGCUACACUGAAUAUGAUCCUACUUCCCCAGUAAAUGAAGAUGAAGUAGGAUUUUAUUCAUCAUUUUCCGGCGUGCCCGAGAACAAUAAUAUUAACAGCUUUCACACCAGCGCCAGCGCGGGUGGACAUCUCAUCAAAUGACAUACGGAGCUUCCCCUGUGGCACCACCUCCGCCGGGAGCAGUACUACACAACUCUUCGACCUCCAUGCUCCAGCAUCUUCAAAACACGAUCGACGCCCACCACCCUCCUGCGCCGAGCUUCGUCUCCAAUUAUGAGGAGCGUUUGUACAACUACGACUACCAGGGAUUGAUGCACCCGCAACAGAGCAGUACUAAUAUGUUGCAGGGGGCGACGAGCCAGGACUUUUUGGACACAACGACCACGGGUCAGGAGCAGCAGGGCGCUGGGAUCGAUGAUCUUCCCGGGAGCAAGUUGUACUCCAAUGCAGAGUUGGGAGCAGUUUAA